CUCUGCUCGGAGGCUCCUUCUCUGCGCGGGCGCCUGGCCUCCUUCCUCCCUUCCUUCCCUUUCCCUGCCUCUCCCUUCCCUCCUCCGCUUCUUUUCUCAGCCCGAUCCCGACCCAAGGGAUCUCCUGGAUCUCCUCCACCGGAUCCCCAGCAAGAGAUGGGGAUGUGAUCGCCUCCCCAGCCUCAGCCAAAGCAGGGAUCUGCUCCUUUCCCGUUGAUCCAGGAGAGAAAGAGGAGGGAAGGCAAAACCCAGUUUCCAGUGUACAAAACUGCAGCUGUCCUCAUGAGUGUCUGUUCUAAUGCAGCCAAUGGUCAUGCAGGGAUGCUCUUUCACCCUCCCCAGAUGUCAUGAGUGGCAUGCCACAGGCCCAACCCGUCGCAAUAGCACCUCCCAUACGCAGUCUCAGGUUAAAACACCUCAGGAUGCCUCUGCACCAGCCGGUGUGAGCCAAAAACCUCCAAACGGUGCCAUUGGGCCACAGAUGCCUCUGGAGAUGAAUCUUUGCUGGAAUGAGAUUAAAAAGAAAUCACACAACCUUCGGGCACGCCUGGAGGCCUUCUCAGACCACAGUGGCAAACUACAGAUUCCCCUCCAGGAGAUCAUAGACUGGCUCAGUCAGAAAGAUGAGGAGCUCUCUGCCCAGCUGCCACUCCGUGGGGAUGUCCUCCUGGUGCAGCAAGAGAAGGAGAGGCAUACGGCAUUCAUGGAAGAAGUGAAGUCCCGGGGCCCAUACAUUUACUCAGUUUUGGAAUCAGCUCAAGCCUUCCUUACUCAGCACCCAUUUGAAGAAGUGGAAGACUCAAAUUCUGACAGCAAAGAUGUCUCCCCAAGGCACCGGAUCCAGAACAUCAGCCGUUUUGUGUGGAAACAGGCCACUGUGGCCAGUGAGUUGUGGGAAAAACUCACUGCCCGCUGUGUUGACCAGCACCGUCACAUUGAGAGGACCCUUGAGCAGUUGCUGGAGAUCAAAGGGACCAUGGAGGAGCUCAGCACCACCCUCAACCAAGCUGAAAGUGUGCGAGAGACAUGGGAACCCAUUGGAGAUCUCUUCAUUGACUCUUUGCCAGAGCACAUCCAGGCCACCAAGUUGUUCAAAGAGGAGCUCUCACCUAUGAAGGAUGGUGUGAAGCUGGUGAAUGAUCUUGCCCAUCAGCUUGCAAUCUCAGAUGUUCACCUGUCCAUGGAGAAUUCCCGUGCCCUGGAGCAGAUCAACACACGAUGGAAACAGCUGCAGGUCUCCAUCAAUGACCGGCUGAAGCACCUUCAGGAUGCCCAUCGGGAUUUUGGGCCAGGAUCACAGCACUUUCUCUCAUCCUCAGUCCAGGUCCCCUGGGAACGAGCAAUUUCUCCCAACAAAGUUCCAUACUACAUCAACCACCAGGCACAGACAACGUGCUGGGACCAUCCCAAGAUGACUGAAUUAUACCAGACACUGGCUGAGCUGAACAAUAUCAAAUUUUCAGCUUAUCGGACAGCCAUGAAGUUGCGUCGUGUGCAGAAAGCCUUGCGAUUGGACAUGGUAACGCUGCCAACAGCCUUAGAAGUCUUCAAUGAACAUGAGCUGCAGCCUAGUGACCAUGUGAUGGACGUGGUGGAGGUGAUCCAUUGCCUGACUGCCCUCUAUGAACGCCUUGAGGAAGAAAGAGGCAUUCUAGUCAAUGUCCCUCUCUGCGUUGAUAUGACCCUGAAUUGGUUGCUCAAUGUUUUUGACAGCGGACGCAGUGGGAAGAUGCGGGCACUCUCCUUCAAGUCGGGCAUCGUGUGUUUGUGUGGCACGGAGGUGAAGGAAAAAUUCCAAUAUCUCUUCAACCAAGUGGCAAACACUGGUGGCCUCUGUGACCAGCGCCACCUUGGCAUCUUACUCCAUGAGGCCAUCCAGGUCCCACGGCAAUUGGGUGAAGUGGCAGCCUUUGGUGGGAGCAACGUGGAGCCUAGCGUCCGCAGCUGCUUUCGCUUUGGAAAUGGAAAACCAGCAAUAGAGGCAGUCCAGUUUUUGGAGUGGGCUAAUCUGGAGCCACAGUCAAUGGUAUGGCUAGCAGUCCUGCACCGGGUGACCAUUGCCGAACAAGUAAAACAUCAGACUAAGUGUUCCGUCUGCCGGCAAUGUCCGAUCAAAGGUUUCAGAUACCGAAGCCUGAAGCAAUUCAAUGUGGACAUCUGCCAGACCUGUUUCUUGACAGGGCGAGCCAGCAAAGGCAACAAGCUACAUUAUCCCAUUAUGGAGUACUACACCCCAACCACCUCCAGUGAAAACAUGAGGGACUUUGCCACCACCCUAAAAAACAAGUUCCGGUCAAAGCAGUAUUUCAGCAAGCAUCCUCAGAGAGGCUACCUGCCAGUCCAGUCUGUGCUGGAGGCAGACUUCAUCGAAACGCCAGCUUCCUCCCCGAUGUUACCUCACGCUGACACUCACUCUCGGAUUGAACACUUUGCCAGCAGGCUUGCAGAGAUGGAAAGCCAAAAUUCCUCCUUUUAUAAUGACAGCCUUUCUCCAGAUGACAGCCUGGAUGAAGACCAGUAUCUUUUACGCCAUUCCAGCCCCAUCACAGACAGAGAACCCAUCUGCAACCAACAGGCCCAAGACGGCACUAACGCUGACGAUAAAGGGGAACUGGAGAAAAUCUUAGCACACUUAGAGGAUGAAAACAGGGUUCUUCAAGGAGAGCUGAAGCGUCUGAAGUGGCAGCAUGAGGAGGCAGCAGCAUCUGCAGAAAUAACUCCAGAAGCAGCACAGGAUCCACACAAUGAAGAGCUGCUGGCUGAAGCUCGGAUUCUUCGACAACACAAGAGCCGUCUGGAAACACGGAUGCAAAUCCUGGAGGACCACAACAAGCAGUUAGAAUCUCAGCUACAGCGCUUGAGAGAGCUCCUGCUGCAACCACAAGCAGAUUCCAAAGGAGAUGGCUCUGCAGCUUCAUCUUUGGCUUCUUCUCCCCAUCCAUCAGAGGAGAGUCAGCUCAAGGAGAAAGACACAGACACACCAAACACAGAAACUGCAGACGAAGUGGAAGUGGGUACUCAGGACGUCAGUCUAUGUCUGGAGGAUAUCAUGGAGAAGCUAAGGAAUGCUUUCCCCAACUCUGGAGGAAAAAGACCACAUCCCUUGGCCUUCCUGAAGAAGUCUCUCAAGUUCUCCUAGAUGCUUUUCAGAUCUAAGAAUGGGCAGCAGCUGAUCCAAAUUCCCUUAUCUAACCCCUCCGGCAAGCAAGAGGCUUUGUCUAACAAGUUAUUGGGCAGUUGCUUCUCUCACGUCCGCCUUUCCCUGUGAGGUGGGCUUCACUCAGCUCCUUAAGAAAGCAUCAUUGGCAGAAGGUUACCGGAAUGCUCCCAGGCAUCCAGCAGAGCACUCAGUAACUCCAAGUGGCCCUUCUGAGGGGCAGCCCAGGGGCAGCCCAAAGCCACUGGAAGUCUGAACGAAGUCAAAACCUGGUGCUGUUAUAGGCCUGGAUUCAAGAAAUGCAAAAAGGAUGAGAUCAGAUGCACAUGGAGAUGUUGUUCUACGCAACGGUCACAAAUAGCGUUUUCCCAUCUACAGUUUGUGAGCGAUUGCCUUUUCUGGGUCUGGUUUUUGGGUUGAGACAGAAAGUGACCUAUAGAGGAUUUGUCCCAUGUGAACUCCUUCAGACAGUGGUCUAUGGUGACAGAGACAGGAAUGGUCCUACUGUAACUGGCUGACAGGCAAACAUCUUCAAGAAAGAAGCUAACGUGUUUUUAACGAAAAAGGAACAGAAUAUUUUGUGUUGAGUUGGAUAUGGUAUGAAAGGAACUCACAAACAUCCGCGUGCCUCUGCAUCUACUAAGCCAGCCAACGGGGACCGGCAAAACAACUCCAAGAAAAUCCCACAGGAAUGGAAAAGGAGGGAAGGAACAGGCUUGGAAACCAAAAGGUUUCAAUGGAAAAAGCAGCCUUAAAGGAGAGAAGCUUUAUAACAGAGAGCCUUACCAUUUUAAUUUGCAUAUAUGGAUUAUAUAUACUGUAUUUAAGUGCUGUUAUGGACUCCCUCAUGCAUUAAAUUCUAAUUCCUUGUUAUGUGUUUAUUUUGGCUUUGCUGUUUUAAUCUGUUCUGCACCCUGGAUUCUGUUUCUCUUUAAAAAGACAAAAAAGUCAUUCUACCGCUCCCCCUUUUCACCAAAGAGUCUUGGUUAUUAUUUUUCCAUUUUAGAAUAUCAAUUAUUUCCAUCCAAGUGGCCUCUGGAAAACAGGGCAAUGGUGGGGAGUUGAGAUUCUGACUUUCUCAUGCCCCCAUGCCCCCAAAGGUUAUUUACAUGGGGCAUAAUGAUUCAUGAUUCAUUUAUGACAAAUUUAUGAAGAUAUGGAUGGUAGUUAUCUUGCAUUCUCAUUCACAGUGCCAUAAACUACAUGGCAUGGUGUAUAUCAAACAGGUUAAAUGAUAACUGAGAUAAACACAAUCCAGAUGUUUUCAGCUGUAGGUGCACCUGAAAGCCUAGUGGUCCAGUGCUUUUGGCAAAGAACCACCUCACUCCAACAUGGGUCUCUCCUUCCAAGCUUUGUAAAGCAUUCCAGCACUACAGCGUCUCACACUGGAAAUCAAGUCUUCUGCUGUCUGAUCCACAACAAUUGGGCUACAUCCAUUUUGAAUUUUAUCAGGCUUUUGGAAACUCAAUCCAUGUUCCAGUGGAACCACAGCAGCUUAACUUUCAACCAUUCAGCCUAGCUGAAAUCCCAACAGAGAGGAUCAGCUCAAUCUAUGUUCUUUCUUGCUGAAGAAAUACUUCAGUCUUUCCAAAUAGUUGCAGUUUGCCUGAACAGAGAUAAAGCAACAGGGAACUGAUCAUUUUUUGUUGGUGUAACAAUCUCAUAGCUAUGGUCAGCUUUGGUCCCAUUUCUUCAGCUAAGAGGAAAGCAUGGAAUGCAAAGGGGAACAUGGGCUAGUCUCAUAAGAAAAAGGCAGUUCAUAAUAAAGUAUUCAUUCAAGUAUCUUAAGGUUGGUCAGUAUGCUGUAAAGCAAGUAUCUGUGAUUGUGGAGUAAAGGUGCUAGACAUUAACAAGCCCCUGAGAGUCAGUUGUAAGAUAAUGCUGUGAAGCAAAAGCAGAUUGUAGAAGCAGUCAAGUGUAUUUCAAGCUCUAAGUGUUGUUUAAUGUAGUGUUGUGCAUUGUGUUUGUCACAAGUUGUGUUUGGCAUUGCAUAACUUGCAGAGUACAUGGUGAAGGACUGCCAAUUUGAUUUUUUUUUUAAUUGUAUAAACUUGAAGAUGGCUCUUCAGUCCUGUAGACUGAAACCCCUUUAAAAAUUCAAAGAUAUAUAGUGGGUUUUGUCCUAUUCGUGGUGCCAUGGGUCAUGAUGUGGCUUGCUAGCCCUCUAUAACAACAUUGUGGCUUGUCAGGAAUGUUACAUAUGUUGAAAGUCCUGUAGGUUGUGAAGGUUCUUGCAGUACGUUGUAAGUUGUGUGUAGGUUGUGUUCUUAGGCUGCUUCAGUGUGUUGGAUGUUGAGCAUCAUGUAGGCUCCCAUGAGGGUCAGAAAAUUAAAUGGAGUGGGCUGGUUGGUGUCAUAGUAGCUGUAAAUGAAUUGGACUUCUUAGGCUGUCAAGAAUAAGGAAUGUGGUGUAUUAGUUAUGGGAGGCAUGACAAAGACCAUUCUGUUAAGAAUUCUGUAAUGGUGAACCUUUUAACGUGAGCCAAGAAUGUUCUCAGUGGGCACAUGCCAGUUCUUCCUGCCAAGGAAUUCCCCUCUUCAUACUGAUGUCUGAGCCUUAAAAAAGAGCCUGCUGGGUUCACUGUUGUAAUUAUUUCUCAACUGUAUUUUUAAAAACCAAACAUAUGUUAUCUUGGUUAUGUUCAUCGAGAAUGAAAUUGCACAUUGGAAUUGAGCAGUAUUUACAGUUAACAAUGGGCCUAGUGGCUGCAUGAGGAAAGCUAAAGACUGACUUCUUUGCCUUAGCAUAUUCUGUAAACUAUAUAUGCUCUUUUCUUGGGUGCUAGUGCACUGUAGGGUGAGUACAUACUUGAUUCUCCAUAAAUGGCAUGUGAAUUAAAUACUAAGUAAUCAGCAGCAGAACAUCAGAACACAUACAGUGGAUAAAUGCAAUAGACUAACAAGUGUUUUUAUUGUUAGCACUUGUAUUCAAAGAGCGUGGUCUGUGACAUUCCCAUUGUGUUAAUCACACUUUAGAGCCGUGAUGAUUUCACUUCAAAAUCCUCAGGCUCUCUUCCCAAGCAGACUCCUUCAAGACACCCACUUCCUCCAAAAUCUCCAAGGCUGCUACUUUAACAAUGGGCAUUUUUAGUUUUUAGGCUCUCACCCUUCUAAAACACUGGUAUAGUGACCAGGUAGUAGAUAUGGUUGUGUUAAACCAAUAAAGAUAAUUUUAUUAAAUACAGCAUAAGAUGUU